GUUGGUUGCGUUUAGCGGGACUUCCAUGACGUCACCAACGGCGGCUACCUUCGGUCUGUCUCACGCUCGACUCGGACCCUAUUUUCUGGUGUUUCAUCGUCAAUAUAAUUUUAUGAAUUCCUAAGAACUGGGUUACGUUAAAAUCACCCUGGGGAAACUAGAGGAGGAAACUGAGUGACGAGUUACUGGGAAGCACAGAGACCUAGGAGGAGGUAGGCAGGUCUACUGGACGAGUUAACUCCCUUUUCUUGCUGCAAGUCACUACAAACCUUUUAAGUUAUGUCUCGUACUUUCGAAUUGUCAUGCGAAGAAAAACAAUCAUGGACUUCAACAAGUUGUUUGAACGAAAGCACAUUGACAUCAGUUCCUCUAAGAUACUCUUGGAUAUGAAGACAAGCUUCCAGUCUGCCUUAGGUCCUGUUGAGUCUGCCAGGACAUGUAGUCAGUUUCUGCAGCUUGAAAAUUUUCAAGAGAUGUUUACCCUCUUGUGGAAUAGCCCUGCUGCACACAAAUGUUUUGAGUUCAAAGGUCCCCUAAGCCCAAUGAAAGUCGAGGAUAUCUCUAAGUUAUUUAGAGAAGAAGGCAACAAAUUUUACAAGUUGGGUAAUUUUGAGGAAGCGUUGAAGCUCUAUAACUUGGGUAUUAUAAUGGCUCCGCAUCCAAAGCUUCCAUUUACAAGCAACAAUGGCCAAAACGGUGAUGGAGGGAAGAAAGGGGACGAGAAAGGUUCAAGUGAUUUUGAAUCUCUCGCUCUUGGGUAUGCGAAUCGUUCUGCCAUCUUUUUCAGCUUGAAGGACUACAAGAGAUGCCUUGUUGAUAUAGAUUUAGCCCUUAAAUAUGGAUAUCCAAACCACCUAAGAAGUAAGUUAAUUGAGAGAAAAGAACGAUGUGUCAAGGAGCAGAAGAAGUCUCGAGUAGAUAACUUCACCAUUAAAUCUGUUAAUGCCAAGUGUCCCCCAAAACUAGCAAGAGUUAACCCUGAUGUCCCAGCUUUUAGCUCUUUCUUGAAGGUUAUCCAUACUCAGGAGAGAGGUAGACAUGUUGUCACAACAAGAGAUAUACCUCCAGGAGAAGUCCUUGCUGUUGAUAGUGGUUAUGUCAGCUUUAUAAGAUAUAACCAAACCAUGAUGCAGGCAUGUUCGGAAUGCCUAAUGCGUUGUGAGGGCCAAGCCCUCCCUUGUCCAAACUGCUUGGUAAGUGGUUCUCUCUCUCUCUCUCUCUCUCUCUCUGGCCUAGCCAAUGAAACCUAAUGCAGAAACCUGUUU